AUGUUUGCCUCAAGAAUCUCUCAAUUCUCUGUAUUCUCGGUUCUUCCUAAAGCCAGCGGUACCAGUAGUGCUAGAUACAUCACCAAAUCUAUCUAUGCAGCAGAGCGGCCCGAAGGUAUGGGCGCUAUUGUUCGUAGGAGCCUUGGGACACGUGAAAUGCGACACCACGAUCCAUUCUUGCUGUUAGACGAGUUUUACUUAAAUCCCGAAAAGAGUGGCUUCCCAGAUCAUCCUCACCGAGGAUUCGAAACUGUCACCUACAUGUUAAGGGGACAGAUGCAGCAUGAAGACUUUUCUGGACAUAAAGGAACCAUUGGACCUGGAGAUCUUCAAUGGAUGACCGCUGGUCGAGGAAUUAUUGAAAAGGAGGAGGAAGAAGAGGAUAUGAUUCAUGGUCUCCAAUUAUGGGUCAACCUCUCACACGCGGACAAAUUAUGCGAACCAGCUUAUCAAGGUUUGCGGGAUAGCCAGAUCCCAAGAGCAAGGCCAAGUGAAGGAGUCGAGGUCAAGAUUAUUGCAGGGGAGGCUCACGGGGUCCAAAGCAGAGUCUAUACCAGGACCCCUACUAUGUACUUGGACUACCAGAUGAAGAAGAACAAGAGUGUGGACGUAAACAUCCCCAGAGAUUACAAUGGCUUCAUUUAUAUGUUGUCUGGAAGAGCAUAUUUCGGGGACAGGGGUUCUGCGGCCAAUAUAAUAGACAGCAGCAACAACAGCACGUUGCAUAUCCAAAUCAAAGACGAAAGCACGCAUUUCGUGGUUUUGGCAGGUCGACCACUCAAAGAACCUGUUGUACAAGAUCGAUUGUUUGUUCUGAACUCGAAAGAGGAAGUUAAACAAACACUAGAAGACUAUAGAGAGUUCAAAAACGGAUUUGAAAACGCAAAACAGUGGCGAUCGACCAUUGGUCCUAGGGCAUACCGUCUCAAGUUUUAA